UUAUUAUAUUUCACAUGAACGUCUCAAGAGAAGGAGAACUGUCUUCAUGAGAACGCCUCUUAUUUUCCCACUCCUGUGUGUGGGAGUGAUGGCUUUCGGCAGCAUAUGUUCUGCAGUACAGACUCAAACCUGCGGAACAAGUGCUGGGCUUACAGCAGAACAAUGCACUGAUAUGGACGGUCCUACGCAGGGCUUCCUGACCUGUGCUGGCGUCCCAUCAGAGCCUGACGCAGACCACAUCCUGAACCUGAAGGGACUCAUCAGCGCUGCUCUGGAUGUCUACUCAUUCAUGCGCUCCAGCGUGUCCGGAGUUCCAGUCUUGGAUCUGUCGGGAGGUGUCAGUUUGAACGAGGAUCACGUGAUCAGAGCGUGGCUGGACAUCAAACUCACUCCUCUGCUGUCGUCCAUCUCCAGAAACUUCCUCACAUGUCUCAGCAACAGAAACUUCAGCUGCAGCGCCUACCAGACUGUUGUCAAGGAGUUGAGUCAACAUUUCUCCGGUCUGGAUCCAGUGAGACAGAAGUGGAUCUAUUCUUUCUUCAUGUACCCGUUUCUCUCCAGAAACACAUCCUCAGGUUGUGUGGAUCCAGAGGACAGCACUGAAGACUGGCUGAUGAAGAACUUCGGCUCGUUCGCUGUCAUGGCUCAAGUGCGAGACUUCACAUCCAUCAACAUGCUCUUUGGCGGGUUGGAGGUUUUGCACCUCUUGAGUCCAGAACAGAAGGCAGAGCUUCUCCUUCAUCCGGAGGUGGUGGGCUUGACUAACAGCUCCCUCGACCUGGUGUUUCAGAGUUUGUUGUCCUCUCUGAUGCCUUCUGAGGAUCCAUGGACUUCAAAUAACAGCACACAAUAUUAUUUGAGCACUCUUCCAUCCUCUUUACCGCAAGACCCCCUCGGACAGGCACUGAAUGGUUUCAUGACGGCAUUUAGACCUGUCGGGAGUUUUGUGAGAGAAUUUGUGUCCUUGACACAGCAGCAAAAUUUGAGCGGCAUGCGGAGCGCCACACUUUUGCAGGCCAUGAUAAACCUGACGCUCGCCGAGAUCGCCGCUCCUUUCAAGCAGAAUCCCACCCAAGAGCAGCAGGUGGUUUCUUUUGACCCCACGAACAUUAAUGACUGGUUCACGCAUGUGGUUUCUCCUUUACUCCGGCGGUUCCUUCCUCACAACCAGAUAGAAAUCCACCCCAACCUCACGGCUGUCUUCCAUAACCAGUUCUACAUCGAGACAGGGAUGGGACCUGGAGCCCAGAAUGAAAGUCAGGACAUCUGCAGCGUUUUUAUUGAUAAUAGAACAUGUGGGCUUACUGACUUGGUGGAACAUGUGGCCACUGUCCUGCACUGUGCAGCUCGAUCAAACCUCACGCUCAAUGAGGAGACGCUCUUGAAUGUUCUCCUGCAUCUCUCCCAGAACCUCAAUGCUCUACUGCAGCAGCUCUCCAUGACUAACUUCAGUUCCCAGAGUUCCCCUUUCAGUGACAUGCUGGACCAAAUCGUUGAUGACACCUUCACGAUGAGCAACUUGCAGGAUGAGUCGUUUGUUAGAUUAUGGUUCCAGGUCAAGUUAAAGCCUCUUCUCUCCACACUGACCCCAGAAUAUCUCAUGUGCCUCAGUCACAAAGAGUUCAGCUGCCAAACUUUCCAGAUACUUAUUUCAGAGCUCAGCGACAACAUGUUCCUGAUGUCAGAAGGAGCGGAGAAUAUUUAUAAGUAUUUCAUCUUCUCAUUCCUGAGCCGACAAAAUGUUUCAGGUGGCUGCCCUGCUGAGAACAGCAUCGUCUGGGUUACUCUGAAUCUUGGUGAAUUUUCACAGUUUUCAACAUUGAGGGAAAUGUACCAGCUGAACCAAGACUUCAACGCUAUAAAUGCACUGGUGGUUCUCUCCCCCAAACAGACAGCUGAACUGAUAGUUGAGGAUUUUGCAGGUCUCCCAGAGAAAAGCGUCAUCAUAAACAUGGUCUUUGAUCACAUCUUGUUUUCACCUGAAGACCGUGGUCUACUUGAGAUGCUCAGAUAUCUCAUUGUACUCGCUGGCGAGAUGGGUUUGGAGUGCUCAUCAUACCAACAGAUAGUUCAGAAGCUGCAGGAAUCUGCGGUUCCUCCACACAUGAUGCAGCCCAUCAAGAACAACAUCAAUCAGCUGGAACAGAUGGCACCUCCUGGCUGUUUUCCUCCACUUGUUACGUGUAUUUCAACGCCAUUCAAUGAAACCUCAAUUUGUGAUGGAAUCAGCAGUAACAAGACUCUCCUGUCCGCUGGUCUCGUGAGCGCCCCCUGUAGUAUCGACCUGCAGCAGUACGCUUGCUCUUCGCUGACAGGCUUCACUGCUGUAAACCUGGCUGAACUUCUAAAGUGUCAACUAUCCAGCAGCAGCAAUUACUCCAAGGAGAUCUGGAAGUUGCUUUUCUCCAAAACAAACAAUGUUCUCGAUGAAGCCCUCGUCAUCUUUUCCAGCACCGCAGCAAAUAUGUCUCAGCCAAUCAGAGGUGAUGUCAUGUCCCAAGUCCUGGAUGUGAUUGGGGAGCUGAAAUUGGAGCGCAUCAGUCCUGACCAAUGGAGUAACGUUACGUUCAUCAGCAUGUUGUUGGGUUCAUAUCUGAAGCUGUUUUUACCGUACGCGUCACCAUCCCUACUGAAGUGCACUAGCAGCAAAAACCUCAGCUGCCAAACUUACCAGAACAUUCUGACAGAUUUCCCGCCUAUGACCAAGGGACAGAGAAUAAACACAGUGGAAUUUUUCAUCUUGCCCUUCCUCAGGAGAAACGCAACAGAUGCGGGCUGUGUGUCGAGUUCUAACAACAGCACUGACUGGCUGCUGAAGAACUUUGGCUCGUUCGCUCAGUUUGUGACUCUUAAAGAUCUGCUCUCCAUCAACAGACUCUUUGACCCCUUGGAGACCCUGGUCUAUCUGUCUCCAGCACAGAUGGUUGCACUAAUGGUUGAAGAACUUACUGGUCUUCCACAGAAGGAAGUUGUGAUCAAUAGAGUGUUUAAUCAUCUGCUCGUGUCUCCUGUGGAUCGAGGACUUCCUGGUGUUCUUGACAACCUGCUCUUGCUCCCACAGACGACUGUAAUACAGUGCAGCUCCCUCACACUGAUUUUUGAGAGGCUGAUUCAGGCUCUACCUUUCCUGCCAUUAGACAUACAGACUCUGGUCUUCCACACAACUGGAGAACUUGAGAAGAAAGCAGUAACAGGCUGUUCACUUCCUGAACCUCCAACAUGUCUGAUCACUCCCAUGAAUGCUACCAGUGUUUGUUCAGGAGUCAACAGUAAUGAGACUCUCCUGUCCGCUGGUCUUGUGAGUGCCCCCUGUAGUAUCGACCUGCAGCAGUACGCUUGCUCUUCGCUGACAGGCUUCACUGCUGUAAACCUGGCUGAACUUCUAAAGUGUCAACUAUCCAGCAGCAGCAAUUACUCCAAGGAGAUCUGGAAGUUGCUUUUCCUCAAAACAAACAAUGUUCUCGAUGAAGCCCUCGUCAUCUUUUCCAGCACCGCAGCAAAUAUGUCUCAGCCAAUCAGAGGUGAUGUCAUGUCCCAAGUCCUGGAUGUGAUUGGGGAGCUGAGACUGGAGAGCAUCAGUCCUGACCAAUGGAGUAACGUUACGUUCAUCAGCAUGUUGUUGGGUUCAUAUCUGAAGCCGUUUUUACCGUACGCGUCACCAUCCCUACUGAAGUGCACUAGCAGCAAAAACCUCAGCUGCCAAACUUACCAGAACAUUCUGACAGAUUUCCCGCCUAUGACCAAGGGACAGAGAAUAAACACAGUGGAAUUUUUCAUCUUGCCCUUCCUCAGGAGAAACGCAACAGAUGCGGGCUGUGUGUCGAGUUCUAACAACAGCACUGACUGGCUGCUGAAGAACUUUGGCUCGUUCGCUCAGUUUGUGACUCUUAAAGAUCUGCUCUCCAUCAACAGACUCUUUGACCCCUUGGAGACCCUGGUCUAUCUGUCUCCAGCACAGAUGGUUGCACUAAUGGUUGAAGAUCUUCCUGGUCUUCCACAGAAGGAAGUUGUGAUCAAUAGAGUGUUUAAUCAUCUGCUCGUGUCUCCUGUGGAUCGAGAACUUCCUAAAGUUCUUGAGCUGCUGUAUGUUUUCUCCACAACGAGUCCACUCAGCUGUCAAACCAACCAGAUAAUCUUCACGCGACUUGACCACAUCUUGAGAUCAGCAGCGGGUGAUUUGGAGCCCAUCAUCUGGGCGAGCGUUUAUAACUUCAGCCUCACGGCACCUACAGGUUGCUCUCUACUCCCAGGUGUGGAUGAGUGUCCUUUGACUCCAUACAACGAGACUCGAGUUUGCAGUGGAGUGGACAGUUCUGCAUUACAGCUCUUCCUGAACAAUGGAGAUGCUACAAAGAGCCUUUGUGACUUCAGUAUCGCAGAAUACGCGUGUACCCCGGUGCUGAAUGUCAGUGUGGAGCAGCUGCUGUCUGUACUGGACUGUCACCUGUCUGGACUGUCACCUGUCACCAGCUCACCUGACAGCUGGAAGCUCCUCCUGACCAGAGUCUCAAACCUGCUGGACGGCGCCCUCAUCACGCUCUCUAACAGGUCGGCGUGGUGGAGCAGCAGCUCCGGCUCCGUCGUUCUGGAUGUUCUGCGAGAACUACGACUGGACAGACUCACGGACGACGGCAGUGUCGCGCUGUGGCUCGGCGAGCGUCUCCGACCGUUCCUGCCGUUCGCUUCGAACACGUUCCUGCAGUGUCUGCGCAGCAAGAACUUCAGCUGUCAGAACUUCCAGACAGUGGUUGAGGCGUUCAAUGCAGGAUUUCUCCAUAUGAAUGAUCUUCAGCGCCAAAUAACAGUGACAGACUUCAUCGUACCGUUCCUCUCGAGUCAGCCCAAAGGUGCGGCGUGUGUGUCUGACGACAGCUCUCAGUGGCUCAUCCGUAACUUUGGCCAGUUUUCUGCUCUCGUCCCUCUGAAUCAGCUGAUCUCGCUCAACACGCAGUUCAGCCCGCUGAGCAGCCUGCUCUCUCUCUCUCCAGAGCAGUUGGUUGGGCUGAUGUUUGAUGACGUUCCUGGUCUUCCAGAGAAAUCCGUCAUCAUCAAUGCCGUGUUCGAUCACCUGAUCGCAUAUCCACAGGAAGUGAGGAUCAAAUCCACGCUUCACUUCCUGGUUGAGUUGUCAAAGACGAGGAACAUCUCCUGUGCGUCGUAUCAGAUCAUUUUCCACCGUCUGGACCACCUGAUGGUCAGCGUGUCUGUUAAUCUGGAGACGGUGAUUCUGAGGAGCAAAUCGGCUCUGCUGCAGCAAGUCCCACCAGGUUGUGUGAGCUCCAGCAGACAGUGUGGCGUGACACCAGUCGACGAAACGGCAGUGUGCAGGAGUGUCAACAGCUCUGGUCUUUUGGCGUAUCUCGCCUCGACUCAUGACGGCAGUCAGCUCUGUCAAUUCAGCAUCACACAGUACGCUUGUGCAGAGUUGUCAGUUCUGAGCGCACAGGAUCUGGUGAAGGUGUUGUUAUGCAGUCUCAAUCUAAACGAAAACGUGUCCAGUGAGACGUGGAAGCUCUUCACGCAGAAGGUCAACCCUGUGCUGGGUCCAGCGCUCGACCAGCUUGCCAACACGAGGCUGAAUAAGUCCCUCCCCUCAGUGUCAUUCUUGAAUAUGAUUGGAGAGGUCACUCUGAGUUCCUUCAGCUCCACCAACCUGAGAGAUGUUUCGUUCGUCCAGCACUGGUUUGGCUCCAGGCUCCGCCCGUUUUUACCGUACGCCUCUGAGGCGUUCCUGUCCUGUCUCUCCACCAGAGACUUCAGCUGCGACACCUUCAGGAUCGUUGUCCAGAGCUUCAGUCAGAGUUUUGACAUCAUGUCCAACGAUACUCAAGCUAACGUCUACGUUGACUUCAUCAAAGUCUUCCUCUCUCAGAACAACACUGCAGGGUGUGUGGGCGUCUCUCAGAACAGCUCUGAUUGGCUGAUCAGCAGCUUUGGACGUUUCUCUGUCUUCACAAAAGUGACCGAACUGCAGACGCUCAACCCCAGCUUCAGUGUGUUGGACAUUCUGAGUCUGCUGAGCCUGAAACAGUUAGUGGAGGUUUCCAGCACUCCUGGAGUCCUGUCCAGCGCCGCCGCGGUCGAUCAUCUGCUGCUCAACGUGCCGGACGCACAGUUUACGACUUUCUACACAUCUCUCUCUGUGUCGCUACAGAUGCAGGGCGUCGUUCUCCCUCCUCCAGUGCAGGACACGUUUCUGCAGCAGGUAUUUGACCGGGCCAAUCUGACCACGUUAUCAGAUGAUAAUCUGAAGACCUGGAUCCUGAACAUACUGCCUCCGUUCAUAACCAACAUUACAGUCCAGCACGUGACGACUUACUUCAGCGUCGUCCAGCAGCGACCCUGUCCCAUCAGCCAGCAGGCGGUGCAGCUGCUGAACUCGUCCAGCUCCACCUUCCAGCCUGCAACGCAAGAUCAGAUCUAUCAGCAGAUCCUCGGCUCUCUCGCAGGCCCCACCCCGCUGCGCUGCUAUGGUAACCAGAGCUACUACGCUUUCCUGACGUCAUCCUUCAUGAGUUUCCAGUUCCCGAAUCUGACCACCUUCCUGACCCUGAUGCCACCCGCCCGUGUGCCAGAGCUGAUGGAGUCGAUGUCUCCAGUGGAGGUCAGCAGUCUCCUGAACCGCCCGAAUGCCGUUGACGAUGUUACCAAAAUCUGCCAACUCUUCACAAACUACCCAAAGACACCCCAGUACUUACAGACGCAGCCGCUGGGGUCCGUGGCUUUGGCCCGGCAGGUGUUGUCCUGCGUCUGGCUUCAGGUUCUGAAGGUGGAGCUCCAGUCUGAGGUGAAUCAGUGGUUCGAUUCUCGACUCGUUCAGUACCUGCCGCUGCUCACUUCAGAGUUCAUCGGUCCGGACGUCAUGCAAUAUUCCUCCUGUCUCUCCUUCAAGAAGUUUGUUUCAGUAAUGUCUAAAUACAACUUCAGCGCAGUGGAGUUUUCUCAGAGUGACGUCUACAAUACCAUCCUGGUCUACCUGAACACCACCUCUUCAGCUCCUAAAUGUUAUAACACCUCGAACCCCAAUCUCAACUCCACCGCCUGGUUCGUAGACUACAUCUCCGUUUUCUUGAGCUUCAUCACACUGGACGACUUGCACCUCUUUGGCUCGAUUCAGCCAUUCACGGUGAACCUGGAGAACCUGCAGCUCUUCAGCCAGAUCAGCGUUCCUGAUGAUGUCAUGGAGUUCUACGUGACUACGCUGUUCGAGCAGAAUCAGUCCUUCAGCGCCUACUAUCUGCCUGUGAAGUUCCGCUGCUUGGCUCCUGCGAGUUCCUUCAUUCAGUUGAGUGCAGAGCAGUUGAAGAACGUCUCUUCCAGCGUCCAACAGAACUGCACCAACAUCCAACCCGACGUGUCAGCAGCUCUGGCGAGCAACGCAGGCGUUCUGACGGCGAACACCAUUGAGGAUCUGGGUCAGUCGUGCACGGGUUUGAGCACGGCUCAGAUCAGCGCCGCUGGAGGGAACGUGCUGCUCGACGCGCUGUCUGUGCUCAGACUCGUACUGGGCUGGAACCUCGAUCAGGCCAUGAUGAUCAUACAAACCCUGCUGUCGUCUGGAGAUUUCCAGAUUGAUAGUGCAGACAGUCUGGAGAAAUUGGGUUCAUUGAUCAUUGGUGUUCAAACAUCGGUCAUCAACGUAAUCUCAGGAAAUGUGUGGCUUCUGGCUGUGAAAUCCCAGUCUUUCUUGGCUAGUGUCACCGGCACACCCAUUGUUGUCCAACAGACCAUCGUCAGCCAGAUCAUCGCUGUAAACAGCUCGACUGACGGCAUCAUCACAAAUGUUCCUGACCUGAUGGCGACGGAGAUCCCACGCAACUUCCUGCUGGGCGUGUCGUCCUCAUCCGUGGUGGUGCAGAUGGUCAAUCAGAAGAAAUGGAAACAUGAGCAGGCCGUUUUGCUCUUUGAAACCGUCGCCGUGGAGUUCAGUGACCCAGACGCCAUAUCUUUCCAAGUGCUGCAGGGUUUCACCUGUUCACGGAUCCAGAGCUUCAGCACCAGUAAAGUCAUGAGUCUGAUCCGCGGCUGCCGGCAACGAGUCAACCAGACGCUCGUCCUGCAGGAGUCACAGCUGACCUGCAUGUACUACUACAUCAAGAGCGCUGACCUGAACGCCUUCUCGCAGUAUCCCGCCGAAGUGCUCAUCUACUACAAUUACUCUAUGAUUGACAGAUCUCUGUGCCGCUCGUAUUUUGCGUCGCUGGGAAAGGCCAACUUCUCAGUGCUGUCCAGCACUCUGUCCUUCAAGAAACAAAUCCUGCUCAACAGCGCCAGGGAGUGUCUGGGAAUCUCCGGGUUCAGCGUCACUCAGGAGCAGCUGGAUGUUCUGGGCAGCAUGUGCUGCUUCCUGAGCACCGACUACAUCCAGAACUCGGACCCGUACGUGCUGGAGAAGCUCAAACAGUGUCCGGAUCUAUCGGCUCAGCAGAUCUCUGCGGUCGAGAGCGUCCUACUCAGAGGAAACACAGUCUAUGGAUCUUCAAACAGCUGGAACAGAACCACUCUGGAGAACCUGGGGAUGCUGCCACUGUACGUCACCACCAACAUAUGGAGCAAAUUCACACAGGAAAACAAGCAGAGGUUUCUCAAGACGUUUAUCCGUGACCUGAGGAGGAACAACAAGGCUUCGGAGAUGAAGAUCCUUAACAUGAUGAACGAGGUCAACAAAAUCUCACGAGUUAAAAUCAAGAGAGCUGCUGAAACAACGUGUACUGCUGGAGAAAUAACGCAGGUUCAGGUUUACAGCGAUAUGUUUCCAUUUGCCUACGACGUGACGCAGUUUAACGCCUGUUUGAUCGUUCAAACGCUGAAGGACAACCUGGAGGCCAUCACUGAUCGAGUCUACGACAGGAGUUACCAGCGGAUCAUACUGAACAAACUCUACCAGGCGUAUCCUGACGGACUGUCUGAUGAGGUGCUGCAGGUUUUAGGCUCCACCUCCCGCACGGCCACACCUGAUGAUGUCAGAAAGUGGAACGUGAAGAAGAUCGACACACUCUCGUCUCUGAUGAACUCACGCAAUGGAGACUGGGACACCGAAAUGGUCCAGCUGCUGGUCAGUAAGUAUCUCAGUGUGAGUGGAAACACGCUUGGGACUAACGAGCUGAACGCGCUGGGAGGAACAAACCUGUGUGCGCUAACCACGAGUGUGCUGAACAACAUCACAGCUGCCAGCGUGGAGCAAGCUUCUGCUCUCUCUUUGACCAACUGCAGCUCGGAGAAGAAAUUGAUUCUGUUCAGUAUCGCUCUGAACGCAUUCAGCACAAAAAACACACGCAAUACAAACACCGUCAGCAUCCCGACAUACCAGCUGCUGCAGAACUACCUCGGUGGUGCUGAUUCGACAUUUAUUCGUAAACUUGUGAACUCCGCUGUGAAUAUGGACGUGCCGACCUUCAUAAGUCUGCAGCAGAGCGUCAUCAACGUGCUGAACGUGACUGACGUGAAGAGUUUGCUAGGGGUGAACAUAGGAGAUCUGAAGACGUAUGAAAGCGCAGCACAGAUACAGGAGUGGAUCAGGCUUCAGCCGCAGUCGGAUCUCGACAUACUACAGAUCGGCCUGACGGGCGGCAGGAACACCACUGAAACCACCGCGACCACUGCGACCAGUACCACUAAAGCCCCGUCAGUCGCCGCCACCACAGCCGCUGCAUCCAGAGUUUGGGCACCGGUCUGUCUGCAGCUGCUCCUAUUGGCUGUUACCAUGACAACACUACAGCUGCUGCACUGAUGACAUCAUCUCUGAACGUACCGUGUGUCAGCUGAAUGGCGCACUGUGAUAAUCUCUCUCUCUCUCUCUCUGUCUAGUAUUUAAAAGAGUUUCUGCACUUUCACCUGUAAUGCACUUUCACUUUUCAUGAAGUGUCAUGAACUGUUUCUGUGUGGAAUUGAUGAAUAAAUCACAUUUGAUUCAAACUGAUCAGUGACACACAUUUAACAGGAUCUAGUCAGUCAUUUACUGCUAAUGUAUCAGAGAGAAAGAAACAUAAAUAAAGGUUGCUGUGGUCACAUCUGAUUCACUCACAUCAACAUUGUUAAAAUUUAACCCAAUGAAAUCUCAAAUAUAUUUAGUUAAAAUAAAUAAAAAUCAUCUUAAUGAAUGAUAUUUCAAAAAGAACUUGUGAUAGAAAAUGAAAUUUUGUGAAUGUAAACUCUUGUAAACCUUGCAAAGAGUGAUCCAUGUCCAUCAACACACUGAACCUCAGGUUACUCCACAAGAACUGAAGCUGUAAUAAGUGUAAAAACUUUGUGUGGAUAAAAGCAUAUAUGAUAGAUGA